CCCACAGCCCCUCCCCCCACACCCUCACGAACGACGCUCACGUGGGCCGCUUUGGGCCAAUGGUGGCGGCGCGCGCGGUGACCAUUCGCGUUGGGGAAAUUGAAGGCCGCCGGCUCCCUCUACGGAGGAGGCCAUGGACAGAGUUCCCCUGCCGAUCACAGACUUCCCCCUCCACCACAGUCGCAUGGUUCUGCAGAAGCUGAACGAGCAGCGAAUAUCUGGGCUCUUCUGCGACGUGACUGUGACGGUGUCGGCGCGCACCUUCCUGGCGCACAGCAAUGUCCUUUCGGCCUGCAGCGAGUACUUCAGCUCGGUGCUGACGGGACGCAGUCCUCGGCAGUCUGUGGCGCUGAAGUCUAUCGCGCCCGACUGCUUCAGCCAGCUGCUCGAGUUCUUCUACACGGCAAAGCUGCCGGCGGAUCACAUUGCGGAGUUCUCGGCGGCCGCAAAGCAGCUCAAAGUGGUCGGGAUCCUUGACCUGGGCUCGGACUCCUCGGGCUAUGACUGGGACAGCGAGGUCUCCGCCAAUGGCACUUCGGAGCCCGGCGCCAACGGCGUCAAGGGUGACGGCUGGAACACCUGGAGCCAUGUGGCCGUGGGCGCAGAAGCGGGCAGCCAUAUGCCUUUGAGCCCAGCCGGUCGUGCCGCGCACUUGAAUCCGAGAUCUGUGGUGUCGGACGAUGACUAUGAGCCACUGGACGACGUGAGCAGUGGUUCUCCGGCCUCUGGCGAACGAGGGCUUUUAGACGGUGUGUCUUGUGGCAGCAUUGAAUCUCUGUGCCUUACGAGAGAGAAUGGCAAAGAGAAAGUGGGUCUUGUAGGAUGUCCUGCCAGGGGUAGGAGCGGAAGUCCCGUGGCACUUGGCUGUGGAGUUGAGCAGACGGGAGUAGAUGUAAAUCUACCCGAUAGCCCCGGUUCCCUGGCCUUGGCCACGGCGCUUGUGCCCCUCACAGUAACGAAAGCCUGCAGGUCUUUGAGGAGCUCGUCCGUCGUUUCCUCGCCUCCAUUGGUCAAGCGAAGAGGGAGACCCAGGAAACAGCUCCAGAGAACGGAGUGCCCCGUCAUACCAAGAGCACGGAAAGCACCGGAGCGUUUCAAAUCAACGCCGCAAGCUGCCGUCCCACAUUCCCCGUCCCGUCAGGAAGAUUGCACGGGCAUUGUAACAGGUGUGGUCCCCGCGGAUGAGUCUCCGGACCCCCUUUGUGAGGCCUCGCAAGUACCCUGUACUCCGAGGAAGCGCGGGAGGCCUAAGGGCUCGAAGAACAAGCUGCAGCACGCCAAGAUCGAGGCAGAAGACUGCUCACCGGGCAUUAUGGACUCCCAGAAUGAAGAGAAGCCCUCCCUGUUGUACACGAGUGGAGAAUUUGGCAGCAAGUGGAAGAGGGAGAGGUGUGAGGGUUGCAAGAAACUCUCCCCGCACUGCCAUCAAGUACAGCCUGGUGCAGCCCCUUUCAGCUGCGAUCUGUGUGAUAAAGAAUUCAUUUACAGUUGCAUGCUGCGCCAGCAUUGCAAGGUGCACAGGCAGCGCAAGCUGUACCAGUGUGAGCAGUGCGGCAAGUGGCUGCUGUCCCUGGAGAAGCUACGGGACCACGUGGCGUAUCAUGGGGAGGCCAGGCCGCACCACUGCUCCCUCUGCGAGAAGGCCUACAAGGUCAAGAACGACCUGACGCAGCACGUGCGCAUGAAGCACAUGGAGGCAGCGCGGGGCAAGCCGCCCCUCGUCCAGCUGUGCGAGUUCUGUGGCCAGGCGGUCAAGCACUACAAGAGCCACAAGAUCUUCUGCAGCGGUGUGAAGAAGUUUCAAUGCAAGUUUUGCCUGCAGGCGUACUCACGCUUGUCCGAGCUAAAGAGACACACGUGGACCCACACGGGAGAGCUGCCCUACCAGUGUCAGAUAUGUGGCAAGCGCUGCCGACACCCCAGCAACCUGAAGAAGCACAUUCGCACGGUGCACAAGGAGGAAGUGAGAGUUCAGAUCGAUCGGGAGCACGCCGCCCCCAAGCUCCUCAAGGACUUCACUCCACCGGACGUCGAGGUGCACGGCGUCGUGGCCAGCCCCACCGACGCUUGGUCCGAGGUCGUGGAUUUCGGCUCAGAGAAACUGGCCGGCGCCUAUGGCCAGCACGUGUUCAUGGGUGCGCAGCAGCUUCUGCCCGACAUGCCGGGAGAGCCCCUGAUGCAGAACAUGUACUAUCAGCCGGACUCUGGCACGCAGCACUCCAUCAGCCCCGUCGAGGGUUCGGGCGGGAUCGCAGUCAUCCCCCUCACCGUCGUCAAUCCCUGCGAGCCCAAGGUCAAUCACGCCGGAACGAUCCCGAUGCCUCCUCCCGAGCGGCAGGGCCUGUCCUCGUCGCCCGCGUCGCUGGAGAGCUCGGCCGACCUGACGCCGCUAUCUGCCCUCGCCGUUCUACCCGUGGGCAGCUUCCCACCCACCGUCUCCUCGUCGGCCGUCCUCUCUCCCCAGUUCCCCGUGGGCGUCUCCGAUUUUCCCGUGAUCAUUUCGGGCAAGGCGGCAACGCCGCAAGUCCCGAGCCAGCUGCCCUCCUUCAACUCGCUUUUGACGGCCGCCCCCCUGGACAUGAUGAGCAGCCACCUGCUCGUGGCGCACCAGUCUGAUGUCCACAACGAGCAGCUCUAGAGAGCACGGUUGUGGUCGGCGACUGUAUUUAUUCGAGGCAGCUCAAUUUUAACUGAUAACUGCAAGUUUACAAGCAGCUGCAGUUGUUGUUGUUUUCUGGCCGUCGGCACUGGAGAUUGUAGCACAGGAGGAUGGAAUAAAUCAAUUGUGGUGAGCACGGUAGUCAAGUUGGCCGUGGGCCCCGCUCGCUGUGGUGCAUUUGCGCCGCCUCUACACUUGGUAGCGAUGCCACUGACUGCAGUCGACUGUUUGAGAUUGUGGAAAGCAGUCUGGAGCAAUGUUUAGCAUCUCGUGGGAAAGUCAGUAUUCCAUACGCAAACGAGCAUUGGACAUUGCUCAUCAUUGUUGGUGGCAUUGAAACUGGUGGAAGUGACACAUUCCUGAGUCGGGGGAUCAGUAUCUCCAGAGGACAACCAUUUUUAUUCUCGUCAAAAAUGGUGAUUUCAAGUUUACCAACUGAGCUAUAUCUAGGCGCUUACAUAGUAAUGGCUUAACAUUAUGGUGGCAUGCACUGUGAAUCCGUUAUGUCUAGCAAGUGGACCAGGGAUAUAAUGUACGAAUAUACACAUUCGUAUGUUUACGGUACUGUACAAUGCAGGUCAGCUGCUGGCAGACUUUGGAUUGAAAGGAUUUGCUGCUUUCCUAUUCACUUACAUUUUUAGACGUGAUCUCACUUGGUAUUAGACUGAUGAGAUAUAGGGGAGGUGGAGAUUAUCCUUUUGACACUGCACUAUGCGAGUUUAACUCAGCGCUGUGUCCUGUUGAAGAGCCAACCGGUUGUUUUGUAGGCAACACACUAAAGACUUAAAAGUCACUGUUCAUGAAUUAAAGGGUGUUAAAGUUUAUGCUUUUUAUUUUGAAAACAAACUUUAUUUAACUUAUAAAAUGUGUGCUUAUGGGUUUCUAUUGUUAAAUUCAUAGGAAACUGGGUCACGAUGGCAGUUGAGGUACAGUAAAACGCCAGCCAGCCGGGCUAUAUAUGUGAAUCACUGGUCCGGCAAAGCUUAACAAAUAAUUAAAUAAAUAUGAAACCUUAUCAAUACUGUAACCUUUAGAUAUGAGCAUUCAAGUACGAAUCUUGACUUAAAGCUUUCGGUAAAGUCACGUAAAAAGGUUCAAAAAACCUAUCUAUAUGACUUUACCGAAAGACCCAAAGAAUACGUACAAUUACAUUUAAAACAAAUGUUUUAAUUACAUUUUCCUAAAGAAUGGAAUAUGCGUAUAAUACGAAUCAAAUCGACCAUGUUGUACUCUAUGAACGCUGUGUGCUGCAUUACUCACAGAGGUGUAUUGAUGUCCUCUGAGGAGUAAAAAUGGAGGAAACUAAACUCAAAAGACAGAGUGAAGAGAGAUAAAAUCGGAGAAGCAGAAAGCAAGCAAAGAGGACGACAGAGCGAGAGAGCCCAGUGAGUCCACGAUCACAGACCAGAUAUUCCACCUGGGGUGGCAUUACUUCACUGAUUCCACUUUCUUUAUGUGGCCAACUACAAUGCAUUAUGUGAUAACCACUUUAAUCUUCUUGGUUCUUUCGGUAAAGUCACGUAGAAUGAAAAUAAUAAAAUAAUAAAAAUAAAAUAAUAAAAUAAUUUUCACAACGUUUCGGCCACAACGCAAGCAGCCGUCCUCAGGUGAAGAAUAGGUCUGUCGAGAAGACAGUCUGAAAUUAGCGAGUUGUCGAAUAAUUCACUUUAUUUCCCAUAUAAAUCGGAACGACUGAAAUUUUGCCACCUUGGAUGGCUUCAAUUUCUGCUCUGAACCAUGCAUUGAAUAGGAAGCUACAUUCGCCACCUACUGUGCAUGUCAGUGCACUGCAAACUUUGUGCUCUAGUUGGUGCCAGACUCUGUGGGAUAUUGUAUUGGUCUGGGAUACGUGAAACCAGCAAGGCAGUACCGCAAUUUUGUAUAACGCCGGGCCAAGUGGCUGAUAAAGAACUAAUGCUGACCUUUGGCUCCUUGGAAAUAACAAUUAGCUAUGAAGAUGACAGUUUUUUUAAAAGUAUGUUGAUUCAUUUGGAAUUAAGGAAAAUCAUUCGUGAGCAUAUAUAAUGAAUUCUACAAAAGAGCGGUCCCAGCCAGCAUGUCUUGUAACCGUUAGAUAGCAGUGACAUGUUUAUUUUAUUGCUUUGCAGGUGCAGUCAAAAUAGAUUAUGGAAAACCGUACCUUUUGCAAUGCAAAAUAUAAUUUAUCUGCAUAGACAUUGUGAUGAUUAAUCCCAUGAUUACUCAUCUGAGCUGGGCAUUAUAGGUGAAGUAAAAUAAAACAUUGAUGCGAUGCAGAAGUAGAAAAUGCAGUAUGUUGAACAUUGUUUUGGCGAGUAGAGAUGCUAAUCAAGUGCCCAUUGCAUUGCCAGUAUCCUUUCCAGGAUGAGUCGUGUGGAUAGGUUGAGGCCAGGAUACAUGGACAGAUGAAGUGUACUUCAUGUAAGCGGGGCUCCAUGGAGUUGAAAAGGGGGUGAAAUGACCUACCGUUUGCUCCCAGUGGAUACAACGUGCUCACUUUACAACUUACAUGUAAGUCCCCCACAACCAUACGGCAAGGGGAGGGAAAAACACCUUUUGAACUUUUUUUGCACCAGGCCUUACAGAAAUACGAACGUAAGUCAGUGAGGCUAAAUUAAGGGUAUGGGUUACAUAGGUUCGACCUCAGGGAGUUGGAAAAGGAUGGACUCGGAGAAAUGUUUGUUUGGAUAGCACUGUUGUAGCAGCAAUGGAAAUGUAACAGUGCAAUGCCUAUGGUACAUGAUGCACGUCUCCCACAGACACCGACACCCCAUUUCAGGUUCGGGCUGGUCCACAAGAGUUGACUGUUCCCUAUAGUCUCGAGUGACAAGAAGCACAAUAUUGUGUUGUAACAACCUAAACUGCCAUUACCUGGGAAUUUAUCCGGAAUAUUCAUUAACGUUACCAGUUUGCAGCCAAAUUCUGCUGUAUAUCAGACAUGGUGUGUUAGAGUACACAUCACAUUUCCACUGUUCAAGCUUGGUAUUCCCUCUAUACAUAUGCUUGUUACACUGUGAGCGAUAGCUUACUAAUUGCCAUCGGUAUGAAUUAAUGUGUUGGCAUUAAGACUCCAGGUUAUGUUAACUUGGCUUCGUGUUAACCAUAUAUUUCAUCACUUUGUGUUUUGCUUUCACAAUGUGAAGGUUAUUUUUACUUUCUUUUUACCUGCACAAAUUCAGCAUCACCUCCUUUUGCACUAGGGUGCUGCUGAAGUGAGUUCUUUUGCAGUAUUGAAAAUAAACUGACGACUUUUGUA